GCGCGGUGGGCAGGAAGCGCAGAGCCAGAGCAGCCAGGUGGCCACGAUGCCCCAGCCGCUCCUGCUGCUCCUCCUGCUCCUCCGGCCGCUCUGGGCCGCGCAGGCCUGGAACGCUGUGCCGCUGGACUUGGCCACCGCACGGCCGCUGCGCUCCGUGAGCCCCGCCUUCCUGUCCUUCACCAUCGAUGCCAACCUGGCCACCAACCCGCGCUUCCUCGCCUUUCUGGGUUCUUCCAGGCUUCGGACUUUGGCCAGAGGUUUGGCUCCUGCAUACUUGAGAUUUGGUGGCACCAAGACAGACUUUCUCAUUUUUGACCCUAAGAAAGAACCAACCUUUGAAGAGAGGAGUUGCUGGCAAUCUGAAAUCAAUCAAGAUUUUUGUAAAUCCAGGUCCCUCCCUUUGAAGGUGGCAAAAAGGCUGCACUCGGAGUGGCUUUUCCAGGAGACAUUGCUACUCAGAGAACAAUACCAGAAAAAGUUCAACACAACCACCUACUCAAGAAACUCCGUGGAUAUGCUGUACUCUUUUGCAAAUUGUUCAGGACUGGACCUGAUCUUUGGUCUGAAUGAGUUGCUAAGAACAGCAGAUUCACAGUGGGACAGUUCUAAUGCCCAGUUGCUUCUGGACUACUGCUCUUCCAAGGGGUAUGACAUGUCUUGGGAACUAGGCAAUGAACCUAACAGUUACGAGAAGAAGGCUGGUAUUUUCAUUGAUGGAUGGCAGUUAGGAAAAGAUUUUGUUAAGUUGCAUAAACUUCUACAAAAUUCCACUUUCAAAAAUGCAAAACUCUAUGGUCCUGAUAUUAGUCAGCCUCGAAGAAAGACAGUUAAGAUGCUGCAGAGCUUUCUGCAGGCUGGUGGAGAGGUGAUAGAUUCGGUUACCUGGCACCACUACUAUUUGAAUGGACGCCUUGCUACUAAGGAAGAUUUUCUAAAUCCUGAUGUGCUGGACACUUUCACUGUAUCAGUGAAAAGAAUUUUAAAGGUGGUGGAGAAGACCACACCUGGCAAGAAGGUCUGGCUGGGAGAGACAAGCUCUGCAUACGGAGGUGGGGCUCCCCUGCUGUCCAAUACCUUUGCAGCUGGCUUCAUGUGGCUGGAUAAACUGGGCCUGUCAGCCCAGAUGGGCAUCGACGUGGUAAUGAGACAGGCGCUCUUUGGUGCCGGCAACUACCACUUAGUGGAUCAAAACUUCAGACCUCUACCUGAUUACUGGCUGUCUCUUCUGUUCAAGCAGUUGGUGGGCACCACUGUGUUCAUGGCACGCGUGAAAGGCCCUGACCACGGCAAGCUCCGCGUGUACCUUCACUGCACCAACAGCAACCAUCCAAAGUAUAAAGAAGGAGAUUUGACCCUGUAUGCCUUAAACCUCUGUAACACCACCAAGCGCUUGCAAUUACCCCACCGCUUAUUUAACAAUGAAGUGGAUAAGUACCUUCUAGAACCUUCAGGCCGGGAUGGAUUACUUUCCAAGUCGGUUCAACUCAAUGGUGAAACUCUGAAGAUGGUGGAUGACUAUACCCUGCCAACUUUGACAGAGAAAACUCUUCGCCCAGGAGGCUCACUGGGCUUGCCAGCUUUCUCCUAUGGGUUUUUUGUGAUAAAAAAUGCCAAAGCUAUUGCUUGCUUAUGAACAAAAAAUGCAUACAUAAUUCAAAUUAUUUCAGAUUUUUAUAAUUUGGAUACUUUUCACAGGUGAUAGAGAUUUACCUUAGAAGUCCCUUCUUUCCUUUCAGUAAAAAUUUGAAUCUUGGAAAACCUUUGAGAAAUGGCACAAGAGAGAUGAGGAAAGUUAAUGGAGCAAGGAAUUUCUGGGUUUUGGGUGCACUUUUUUUUUUAGGAAACUUUUGGAAAAGAAUAGAAAAUUAAAUUGAUAUGAUUUUAUUUAAUCAAAGUUACUACAAUAGCUUUUAAAAAGUAGCUAGAAGUAUUUUCCCCAUUUGACUUGGAUUCACAUUGCUUCUAUUUCUUAAAAUGCUUCACUUUGGUUCAUGAUCUUCAAAAUAAAUUUCAAGGUGCAUUGUAUUCUCAAAAAAAAAAAAAAAAAAAGGCAGCAAAACUGGAGCUAUAGAUGGCAAAGAGAUCUGCUACAGAUCCAGUAAGGGGCCCUUCAGAGACACCUUCCAAGCUAGAUACAGCACAGUAGAUGGGUUUAAGCAGAGCAAUGCUGGUGACAGUAGCUAAUAAUACCAUGUGGCAGACACUCUACUUAGCAUUCUGCAUGCACUGUUUUUAAGGAUAUAGAAAAUGUAUACAAAUGCUGUCAGCAUGGCCAGAAAGCAAAUAGGUGGAGGAUACAGUAUUCACUUUUAAGACAUGCUUGCUUGCUUUUCUCUUUAGGAAGUUAGAAACUCGUCAGAUUCUUUCCUUCAUAUGCCAUCUCUGUGGGCUCCUGUGGGGAAAUUUUACAGCCACAAUCAUGAAAUUGGUUGUAAAAGAGAAACUUUCUCCCUGUACCUUAACAAGAGCAAGGUCCAGCUGCUGUUCCUCUCCCCUCCAUCCCGUUCGUCUGUAUCAGCAGUAGUUAGAGAAAGGACAGCUGGUUCCAUGUGAAAGCACAAAAAACUGAUGGAGACAAUGAGAGGAAAGGGACUGUGCAAACUUCAAAUAAAGUUUCUGAAUGACAGUGAGGUUGAUUUACCAUGAGGACUCUUAGAGAACAUCCAAUACAUCAUAGCCACCUGUUAGUGUUUAAUUCUUCUCUACUCUUCUCAUUUCAUUUGGGAUGUGUUGGACUGCAAAUAACAGAAACCCCCAUUCAAAUGGCUUGGAAGAUAGGGAAAGCUAUAGCCCCACAUGAGAGGUUCAAGGAGGGCAGGGUCCUGUAGCCAGGUGUCACCAGAAAUCCAGGCUCCUUCCUCCCUCUGCACUGUCAUCUUGAGCAUUGGCUUGAUUCUUGGGCUGGUCACAUGAUGACUAGGUAUUCCCUGGGCUCACUUAGACUUGGUCACAACCAGAAGGAGGAGAUGAGCAGCCUUUUCUGUUUGUUUCACAGGUCUGAAGAGCCCCUUCUCAGAGGUUGUCCCAGCAAACCCUUCAUGUCCCCUCAGGUUGUAUUGGUCAGGAGGAAGUCACAUGGCCAUUUUCUCCAUUCACCAUGACCGUGUGAUGCCUUGACCUGUCUGAGUGAGCCUACUUCAGAGUGGAGAACUCAGUUCUGGGGCAUCCACAGCUCUGGAUAGGACAGUUCUGUGCUUAUCAGGGACAAAAUGUAGUAAUUCCUCCUAUAUUUUCAUCUUUUUAAGGAUUGAUAUUUAUAUUUAUGUCUGUGACUAUCAUUUCAAACUUAAGUACAUUUAUAAAGCCAGAACUUAAAAUUUGGAUGGUUCCAUGCUCUUUAAAUUUAUAUGUAAGUGGUUUUUAUAUUUUCACAUU